CAGGAAUUUGAAGAUGGACGCAUGAAUAAUAUACCUUUUCUUUGUGGCAAAUUUGCUUCUUCUUUGAGAAAACAAUUAUUCCGUGAACAUUUGGGACUAUUAAAUACUGAAGAAGAUAUCAAUAUCGAUGACGCCAUUAUCAAAUCCUUCUACAAGGACAUAUGGUGCGCUAGAAGCAAACAAAACACAAAAAUAUAUGAAGAAGUAUUUCAAUGUAUUCCCACCGAUACAGUAGUCAAUUUCUCUAUGCUGAAACAAUAUCAAGAUAGAAUACCUAUCUCAUUAUCUGAUCCAUUAUUAGCACAAGAAAUAACGGAAAAUAUUAAGGGUCAUUUGGUCGAUUUGCCAUUACAUUUUUUAUGCAAUGAAGAUUUAAAACCUGCUGCUGGUACAGUAGAAGGAAUGAUGCCGACUGCACUAUGGACGUAAGUGUAUGUGCUAUCAUGAGAGAAAAUUAAAUAAAAAAAAAAUUAUUGUACUUGAGUACAAAUUAAUAAAAGAUUUCUAUUAA